AUGCAAGCCAAUAAUUUGAGGUGGAUUGCACUCAUCCAAGAUAAGAUACAUGCUGAUUUGUACAAGGGUUUAGAGGAUUCUUUACAUGCUGGAGAGCAUAACACAGAAAAUGUUGGACGACGGACCAUACUACCGUCUUCAUUCGUAGGAAGUCCAAGAGAUAUGCACCAGAGGUAUCAAGAUGCCAUGGCAUUGGUUCAUAAGUUUGGCAAGCCCGAUAUAUUUCUUACAAUGACAUGCAAUCCGUCUUGGCCAGAGAUACAAUCAAAAUUGUUGGUCAUACAAGUUCCAAACGAUCGUCCAGACCUUCUGACACGGGUUUUUCAUGCUAAACUUGAAGAGUUGAAAAAGGAUGUUCUAGAAAGGGGCAUCCUCGGAACGGUUGUUGCUUAUGUAUAUGUGAUUGAAUUCCAAAAGAGUGGUCUUCCACAUGUUCAUAUGUUAUUAAUUCUUGAUCAAAAUGACAAGCUAACCACUCCAGAUGACUUUGAUAAGAUUGUGAGAGCAGUGAUUCCCGAUGAACAACAAGAACCAAAAUUGUAUAAGGGAGUUCUUAAACACAUGAUUCAUGGCCCGUGUGGUGUUCUCAACCACAAAUCCCCGUGUAUGAAACAAGGAAGUUGUAAGAAAGGAUUACCUAAGGAAUUCUCCAAUGAUACAAAGCAAGGCAAUGACUCAUAUCCUCUUUACCGUCGUCCACAAGAUCGUCCAGCAGUACCAUUGCGUGAGAAUUCACGAGUUCGUGUAGAUAAUCGGUGGGUAGUCCCAUAUAAUCCAUUUUUUCUCUUAAAGUAUGAUUGUCACGUCAAUAUUGAGAUAUGCAGCAGCAUCAAGUGUGUCAAGUAUCUGUAUAAGUACAUCCAUAAGGGUUCAGAUAGAGUUUGA